AUGUCGUUGCCACUGAUCGACAUCUCUCCGUUCCUUGACUCGUCUUCGACCCCGGAGACUCUCCAAUCGAUUGCAGAUAAGAUCCAUACAGCCUGUAGGACGACCGGGUUCUUUUAUCUUACUGGACAUGGCGUCCCGGUGGCCGAGCAGAGCCAGAUCUUGUCGACGACGCGGGCGUUCCUAGUGGAUGGUACCGACGCGGAGAAAGAGGCGCUGUCGAUCACGACGAACGACCAUGCUAGGGGAUACCAACGGAUAGGCGAUAACGUGACCGGGGGGAAGGCCGACUGGCACGAAGCCCUCGAUCUUUAUGCUCCCUCACCUUUCGCCGUAAACGAAAAGGAUAAGGUUUUGGCCGGCCAGAAUAUAUUCCCUUCGCGCCCCGCCGAAUUCCAAUCCGUCGUCGAGAAUUGGGUACAGCGUAUGUGUGCUCUGGGUCUCGUCGUCAUGAGGGCGACUGCAAUGGGAUUGAAAAUGUCACUAUCUGAAACCGAAGAUUUGCUGGAUCAGGUCCGGACCUCAUUCUGGGUUUUGCGUUGUAUCGGGUAUCCCCCCUUACCAUCCACCCACGAUGGUGUUUCGUGCGGUGCACACAAAGAUUAUGGCUGUUUUACUUUUUUGCAUGCGGAUUCAACAAAAGGAUCAUUGCAGGUCUACGUGCCCAAAGAUGCUCAUGAGCAAGACCCGGAGUACCAUUGGAUCGAGGCUAAUCCAAUCGAAGGAGCUUUUGUGGUCAACAUUGGGGAAAUGUGGGAGACGUGGACCAAUGGACUGUAUAAAGCUACGCUGCAUAGAGUGAUCCACAAGAGUGACAACUACCGAAUCUCAGUCCCCUUCUUCUAUGAACCGGCAUUUGACGCCAUCGUGGCCCCUUUACCGGCGGCCGUAAACUUGCAACAACAUUUGCAAGGUAAAACGCAGGUGGAGAUCACUAAGCAAGCGGUAAAGUAUGGCGAUUUUCUGAUCAACAAAGUCGGCGGAAACUUCUCUAGUUCACCCAAGGGUCCAACACGGGAUCGAUAUUGA